AUGGGCAAGUUGUUAUCGAAGAUAUUUGGAAAGCGUGAGAUGCGAAUACUCAUGUUAGGCUUGGAUGCAGCUGGAAAAACGACAAUACUCUAUAAACUUAAACUUGGUCAGUCUGUAACAACGAUACCAACCGUAGGAUUUAAUGUCGAAACAGUCACCUAUAAGAACGUGAAGUUUAAUGUCUGGGAUGUCGGUGGUCAGGACAAGAUUCGUCCGUUAUGGCGACAUUACUAUACAGGCACACAAGCGCUGAUCUUUGUGGUGGACGCAGCAGAUCGAGAACGUGUUGACGAAGCACGACAAGAACUGCAUAGGAUAAUAAACGAUCGAGAAAUGCGAGAUGCCAUCAUCCUUGUCUUCGCGAAUAAACAAGACUUGUGUGACGCAAUGAAACCACACGAAAUUCAGGAUAAAUUAGGACUGACUCGAAUACGUGAUCGAAACUGGUAUGUGCAGCCGUCGUGUGCUACCACUGGAGAUGGUUUAUAUGAAGGUCUUACUUGGUUGUCAUCUAACUGUAAACUAUGA